UGCAUAUUUGCUUUUAGCUGACUCGGUCUCAGAAAUCAGUCGUGGACGUGGGGGUGGAGGGGAAAUGGCUCUUCGAACAACGGGAUCCCCGUUAUUGGACGAUACGAAUUGUUUGCGUCGUUCAUUUGAUAAUGGAUGCUUGACAUUCGAGUACUUGUCACAACAGUGCGAAAAAUCCUUUAGGAACUUAUUUUUAUAGUCGGUUUCAUCGCUUUUCGACAUCGUAGUCAACAGAAUCGUGGCACGUAAUUCUUCCUCGUCGUGCCAAAAAUGAUCGCGUUCAGCGUACUGUUGUUCGUUUUCCGAGAAUAAAUCGAGCUAGGUAUAUCCAGUCAAGCAUUGUGGAUCAUGGAUAGCGUGACAGGAAUAAUAUAUGCAAUAUGUCGAGGAUUCGUGGACAGUUGGAGAGGUGCUGUUGUACUCUUUUACAUGGAUAAACAAAUCAAUGAGAAGUUACUCAUGAAUUCUUCUACUAGAGCAGAACUCAAAAAGAGAGACUUGGCUAUGCAAAAUACCGUUAGGCACAAUAAUCAGCAACGAAAAUCUAUGGUAAUGAGGAGAACCCUUCAAUGCUGUGCAUUAAAUGGUGGUGUGUUUUGGGCUAGUACGGCAGUAUUUGAAUAUGGACUUUUACCAUUCGUCAAAUAUUCAUUAACUGUUUUAUUCGGUCAUUCUCCUGGUAUGGCUCUUAUUGUAUGGUCAUGGAUCCAGCCAUUUUUAUCUUUGAUAUUUGGCACAAUAUGGGUGUUACCACUGUUUUUGCUCAGCAAGAUAGUUAACAGCUUAUGGUUUCAGGACAUAGCAGAUAGCGCUUACAGAUACAGACAAGGGAGACCAUUGCUUCUGUCAAGCGUGAGCAGACUGAUAGCUGAUACACUUUUCAGUGUAUUGGUUCAAGCAUUGUUCUUGGGACAAGGAAUGUUGGUGUCCAAAGUUCCGUUACCAUUAUUAGGGGAUAUACUUGCCCUUGUUCAUAUGUGCCUUUUAUAUGCUCUCUAUGCCUUUGAAUAUAAAUGGUUCAACAUGGGUUGGGAAUUGCAUAAACGAUUGACUUUUAUUGAAGGCAAUUGGCCAUACUUUUUAGGCUUUGGUAUGCCAUUAGCGGUACUUACCCAACUGCCCAGCUCGUAUGUUACAAGUGGCUGUGUUUUUUCUAUUUUAUUUCCACUAUUUAUUAUAAGUGGAAAUGAAGCGGAACCUGUAACUGGAGCAUGUGAUUGUCAACUAAAAUUAUUUUCGCCAGUAAUCGCAAUUGCAAACACAUUAUUUAACAAAACCAUUGGACGAGCCAAUAGGCGGUGACAGUGAAAAAGGAAGACGAGAAAAUGCCUAACUUAUGCCAUUUGUAUGUUAAGAUGCACAUAUAUUUACCAAUUUGUUACAAAAAAUUUCAUGCAAAAAUAAUUAUAUAUAAAUUGAUAUCCAAAAAAUAAUUGUAUCUAUUACUUACUAUUACAGGAGAAUUGUAUAUAUUAUUUAAUAGUAUAUUGCAGGAGAUAAUAUUACUUUUGUUAUUUAGAUCGCUCUUACAAAUUUCUUAGAAAAAAAUACAAAAAGAUAUUUAAUUUUUCGUUGAAUAAAUUUAAGGUAAAACCAUAAAUUUUAUAUUCUUUUUUAUCAAUAUUUGAAAAGAAUAUUCGAUCAUAUUUUAAUUGGAAUACAGGGCCAAUCAGUACAAAUAUUUAUUUAUGCAUAUUUAAUAACGCACAGCUUAUUUACAUAUGUGAUUUCUUGUAUUUAAUGAUAUCGCUGACAUAUAUAAUAUAUAUACAAAUUUGAAAUUAUAUAUUUCUCAAUUUUUAUGAGAAUUUAUAUUUUGAGCUUUUUAUGCAAUAGCUAGUCAUUUUUCAAUAUAGAUUUGUAAUCUCUGAUCAACGCUGCGCUAUAAGCAUAUUAUAAAUGUGCUAUAAAAAUAAUACGCUAUGUGACAAUUUAUAUAUACAUAUAUCAAAUUUAGGACGAAGAAAUUUUGACAUAGAAUAAUUGAAAUAUUAUUUCAAAUAUUAAAAUAAUUCUAAAUAAUAUAGUGUUUUGUGCACUAUACAUGACUAUUUUAAAUUCUUUCUUAGGAAUGUUGUAUAAAAAAAAAAAGGUUAUUUAAUUCAUAGACAUUUUAGAUUAAAAUGUCGAUUGUCCAUACAGUGACGUGAUAUGAUCUUGUCAGAUUUGCGAAUGCUUGCAAAUUAGCUAUAUACUUGUAAAGAGUAUUGAACAACUAAUUGCUCUAUUCGCAUUUGCUAUGUAACUAUGUAUUGUUAUAUACCCAUAUUAUAACGACCAAACAAGUGAAAGAUAAAGCAUGCAAUAAUAUUUUUAUUCUACACAUAUAUCAUAGAAUAAGAUUAAACGAAAACUUCGUAAUAAAAAUAUUUGAUCCUAACUUCAUGAUACGGACAAUCGAUUGUAUAUACACAAGCGUCAAUAGAACUAUUUUAAUCAAUUUAAUUUGUUGAGUCUAAUUCAAUAUUAUUGUGCCAUACAUAUCAUUUAUUUGAAGGAUAAUUCGUCCGAAAAAUGGGUUCAUGUAAAAUUAAGACAAAAAUAUAAUCAUAUGAUAAACACUGCUAAUAAUGUAUAAUACAUUAUAUUCCAAUUUGUAUAUAUGGUUAGGGAAGUGCUCUAAUGAUUAUAUAUAUUAUAUUUGUCAUAAAAAUUGAUCAUUUUAUAUAUCAUUAUAGCUCAAAUAAAUAUAGAAUUAUUGAAAA